AUGAAAAAAAUGGAAAGCAACUCUAACGCCCCCCCACCCCUACAUCCCCUGGUGUGCCCCCCCUUCAACGCAUCAUGUGCGGACAGAGAGAGGCAGGGGAGAGUUGCAGCUUUGGUGGAUCGCUACCCUUGUGGAGUCAGGCAGAAGGGAACAAGCCUGGAGAAGGGCAGGGCGGUGGCCCGCAACAGGUACACCAAGAUUCGUCUCUCGGCGCAGCAAGGGGCUGCUCUGGCGUUGCUCUUGCUGCUCGCCGCCAGCACCCGGGGAACGAACCUUGUAGUUGCGUCCGUCGCGUCGGACCCGGCCCGCCGGAGGGUAGCAGUCUCGGCAGUCGCGGCAGCGGCGGCAGAAGCGGCGGCGGCGGCAGGGUCGGGGUCGACGCGGGGGGACGGUACCGCGAGAAGGGUCGUCGACGACACAGCGCGGCGGGCUUUUCGGGCGAGAGUUUCGACAACAACCGCCGGCGGAGCAGCAGCAGCAGCAGCAGCAGCAGCAAAGGGAACAGCACCGAAACAGCGGGGGCCGCGGGUAGGAGGAGAAGGAGCAUCGUUGUCGAGAGCAGCAGCCAAAACGUUCCGCCACGCGACCACUCCCGCGGGGCGUCGCUCUUCGCGCCGCCUCCUCGCGUCAUCCUGCUACAAGACCCCGGGGUUCGUCGCCCUCCGUCCCCUCGCUGGCGGGGCAGGAGGAGCGAACGAUGGCCACGGACGGCGACAGAGCACGGCUGUUGUCGGCGAAGGCUGGAGAGGUCUACGCAUCAGCGCCCCCGUCGCUCGAUACUCGGUAGCGCAAGGCGCAGGGACCGGUGACAACGAGCGGCCGGGGGCCUCCGAUUUCGUGGGGGGCGGGCGGGUGCUGACCGGGAGCGGCGCGGGGGCGGCAGACGGGGCGUGGGGGCGGCGGCGCGAUUGGGAUGAUGUCAUCGGGGGAGGGGGCUUGGCUCGCGGCGGCGGCGGCGGCGGCGGUCGGAUCGCCAGGGGGCUGUCGUCGUAUCGCUCGUCCACCAUGUGCCAGCAGGCGUCAGCACUGCCGCAGACCGCGGAGCACAUGUACCCGGCCUCGACGUACCCCGAGGAGGAGCAGCACGGGGUGGGGGCGCGGCGGCGGCGGCAGCAGCAGACACGGGGGAUGGGGCACGAGAAAGCCCGGAGAGCCGCUGCGGUGGAACGGCAGCAGGAGGGGCGGCCAGCGGUCGGGGCGGGCGAUGUGACGUCAUCCGCCGCUGCCGUGAGGAACGGUAUGCAGAACGGGCUGUGGGUGCAAAACAGCGACGCGGAGUCGGGUGCCGUGGUCGCGGAGUGGCAGCAGCGCGAGGGAGGGGUGGAAGGGGCGGUUAACGGCUGGGCUCCUGCGUCCUUUGCGGUGGAGCCACGGCGGGAGGAGAUGCCGGCGGCUUCUGCCGUGCUGGCGGACGAACUGUCGACGUUUCGGGAAGAUGCCGGGCUGGCGAAGAAGGAGGAAGAGGGGGCGGAGGAGGUGGAGGUGGUGGAUUAUUCUAAGCUCACGGUGCCGAAGCUGAAGGACAUUCUGAGAGCGAAGAAGCUGAAAGUCUCGGGGAGAAAAGAGGAGCUGAUCGAGAGACUCAACCAGGCCGAUCCUGACACGACCAGCAGCAACACCGCCGCGGCAUCUGCGGCGGUGGCGGUUGGCGAGGUUAGGGAGAGUUUGCCUCACACGGCCUCUUCGAUCCCUACGCAGCCGCAGCAGGAGGACGAGGCGCUUCCCCAGAACUGGGACGAGCACAACGCCUACGUGGGGCAAGGGGAGGACAUCGUGGUGGCGCCCGACUGGACGCGGCAGCGCGACUAUUUCGGCACCGGCAACGGCCGCGGCGGCGCCGAGAGCAGCGGCGGCCCGAACGGCAGCGCGAACGGCUUCUCGAACACCUACGGCAGCAGCAGCAGUAGCAGCUACGCGACUUCCUACGGCCGUCCUCCUCCUGCCGGUAGUAACGGGUACGCCGGGGCCGCAACGACGCCGGCGAGCGGCGGCGGCGGCGGCGGCCGUAGCGGCACGAGCCACUACAGACGUCCUGCUGCCGCACAGGGGUAUGCUGGUGCGGUCGCUACUACUGCUACGCCGGCGCGACGUGUGGAGCAGGAGCAGCAGGAGCAGCAGGUCGAGAGGGGAGGGAGUUCACAACGAGGUGGCGGUGCCGUCGGGGGAGCGUCAAAGCCGGCCGCGGUGCCUGUGGUGGACCCGGGUAUCGAGCGGCUGCCGUUGCCGUCGAUGCCGAAAACGGUGGAAGACACGGUGGAAGGCGUUCAGAUCGUCGCCGGGAGGGAAAAGGCGCGCAAGGUUGUCCAGAUCUUGAUGGAUAACCCGGAUGCCUUCUACGCCUGUGACACGGAGGUCUCUGAGAUCAAUCUCAAGGAUCAUGGCCCCGUCGGCCACGGGCGCGUGACGUGCAUCUCGAUCUACGGGGGGCCGGAGCUGGACUUCGGAGAAGGUCCCGGGAAGAUCUUGUGGGUGGACAACCUGGGGGGGGCGGCGGGGACGCUAGAGGAGUUCCUCCCCUUCUUCGCGAGCGAGAGGCACAAGAAGGUGUGGCACAACUAUGGUUUCGACAGGCACGUCAUGUUCAACUCGCCGGACAACAGGGAAGAGCAAAGGAUCGACUGCGUCGGGUUCGCCGGAGACACGAUGCACAUGGCCAGGCUGUGGGACACGAGCAUGGAGAAGUACGCCGGGGACACCGGUUUCUCGCUCGAGGCCUUGUCUCUCAAGCUCCUCGGGGAGGGGCAGCGGAAGACGCCCAUGAAGGAGCUGUUCGGCAUCCCCAAGCUCAAGAAGGACGGUACGCCGGGUAACCUUCUGGUGCUGCCGCCGAUCGACGAGAUACAGACAAGGCCGGAGGUUAGACCCAGGUUCAUCGAGUACUCGGCCUACGACGCUCAGGCGACGUGGCUGGUGCACCGCGAACUGAUGCAGAAGCUGAGGGAGAUGCCGUGGAAGGACGGGAUGACCAUGCUGGACUUCUACGAGAUGUACUACGUGCCCUUCGGGGAGCUCCUAACCGACAUGGAGAGGACCGGGAUCUACGUGGAGGCGAAGGGCUACCUGAAGGACAUCGAAGUGCAGGCCCGAAACGACAAGAAGAAGGCCGAGGAGACAUUCCUGAGCUGGGUGAAAAAGAUACAGCCUGGCGCGGAGACCCUCAACCCGUCGUCAAGCACACAGAUUCAGACGCUUCUCUUUGGUGGGGCAAUGAACCCCAAGACGAAAGAAAAGCUUCCGGUUCGACGGGUUUUCAAGAUCGAGAGAGAUCCUGCCGAACUCGAGGCGUUCAAGGCGACCCAGGUGCAAGACGAGUACGCCGACUACACCGCGGCCAUGCUCAAGGAAAAGCUCAAGGAAAUGGGUAAGAAGGUAACGGGGAAGAAGGACGUGCUGCUGGCAAGGAUCCGCGGAGAGGAGAAGGAGGACAUCGGAGCUAUCUUCAAGACGAUGAGCUCGAAGGAUCUCAAGAACGCGUGCGCAACGAGGGGCAUGAACGAGGACGGCACUAAGAAAGAGCUGGUUAAAAAGCUUACGGACGAGGCAAAGUUUCAGAUCAGCCUGCGGGCGGCUAGUGACGAGGCCGAGGAAGAGAAAAAGAAGCCUCCACCGAAGAUGACCAAGUAUCGCGACCUGACGAUCUCCAGCGUUAACAUGAAGCCAACCAAGUUUACGGCUGGGGGCUCUCCCGCUGUGUCCAUGGAUGUCCUCAGCCAUCUCGCGGGAAACCCGCAUGAGGACCCGCCAAAGUAUGGCGCCGCGUACGAGCACUUCGGAGGCGGGCAGGAGGGGAAGGAGGCAUGCGAGGCUCUGUACGCGCUCUGCAACAUGGGCUCGGUCGACACGAUGGUGUCCAACUUCCUGCAGCCCCUUCAAGAGUUGGUGGACGAAAAGAGCCGGGUGCACUGCAGCCUCAACCUCAACACGGAGACGGGGCGACUCUCCGCCCGAAAGCCUAACCUGCAGAACCAGCCUGCUCUCGAGAAGGACCAGUACAAGAUUCGGGCGGCCUUCCGUGCGGAGGAGGGCAACACCCUCGUGGUGGCCGACUACGGACAGCUGGAGCUGCGGCUUCUGGCUCACAUCACGGACUGCAAGAGCAUGAUCACAGCUUUCAAAGAGGGCGGUUGCUUCCACAGCCGGACCGCGGUGGGGAUGUUUGAUCACGUCAAGGAGGCGGUUGACAAGGGGGAGGUGCUUCUCGAGUGGGACUACUCCAAGGGGGAACCGCCAAAGCCUUUGGUGAAGGACGUCUUCGCGAGCGAGCGGAGACAGGCCAAGACGCUUAACUUCUCCAUUGCCUACGGCAAGACGGCGCACGGGCUGUCUAAGGAUUGGGGAGUAACGUUGAAAGAAGCGGAGGACCUCGUGAAGGCGUGGUAUGCUGACAGGCCCGAGGUGAAGAAGUGGCAGAAGCAGGUCAUCCAGAACGCGAAGGAUACUGGGUUCUCUCGCACGCUAAUGGGGAGGUAUCGCAAGCUGCCAGACAUCACCUCCAACGACAGGGGCAAGGUGGGCCACGGCACCCGGGCGGCCAUCAACACCCCCAUCCAGGGCGGCGCGGCCGACGUGGCGAUGGUUGCCAUGAUCGGGAUCGUCCGCAGCCCGCUUCUCAAGAAGCUGGGCUGGAAGCUCCUGCUGCAGGUACACGACGAGGUGAUCCUGGAAGGACCGGAGGAAUCGGCGGAGGAGGCGCUUGCCGAGACGGUUCGGUGCAUGCAGCAGCCGUGGGACGGAAUUGGCCUGAGAGAGCUCCGGGUGGACCUCUUGGUCGACGCCAAGUCCGCCAAGACCUGGUAUGACGCCAAGUAAAACGAAACGCCGGGCGGGUUCCGGCCAAGCCGAUCGAGAGCAGCUCUUGCCCCAGGAGGAGGGGCCCACCCCUUUCCCUGUCGUAUUGAUCGUGUACGAGUCGCCGGAAUGCUGCUCUUAUCCUACUGCGUUGCAACACCAGCCCGUUCGGGUAUCGCAAAGACGGUCGCGAGAGAGGAGGAGCGUGCGAAGGCGCCGGGUGGUGCAAUAGGUGUGGGUGCAACACGCAGAUAUGCAGGGGGAGGGGGUGCAUGUGACGUGUCAUGUUUGGUAGAGCGGUCGAGAGAGCUAGCUGCUCUUGCAGUUCAUCGCGCCAUCGCCGGCGCGACUCGAACAAAAGGAAAGCGGCGGGUGGGUCGCCCUUUUCCAUCCAUCCACGAGGACCCCGUGUCCAGUUGACCCCCAAAGACCAUGCGUUCGUGUUUGGUCGAAAGGUCAUGUGCAGGGGGAGACGCGAACACGGCGUUCACAUGCGACUGGGUGGCACCAUCCCAUGCUGUACUGCACGGCGUCGGUUGAGAGUCACAGGCGCUCGUCGUACAACAACAGAACUGUUUCCGCACUGACCGUACUGACUGCUGUGUACGGGGAAGGAAUGUAGCCCCUGUACAGGUUAGUCUUAUCCCCGUGCCGUUGCGUACGCCGUCGCCGCUGUUACCGCCUCUCCGUUGGUGCUGCCUACGGUAGUUGUCCGGUGAUGUGUGCCUUGAUCGGUUUUCCGGCUGUACCCAGCUCGUAAGGGAAAGAGGCACUCAUCGCUUCUUCGGGGGUCUUGUCAUUUUUUUUCCAACAGGCGGGAGAUGAAAGUACAAGACGCCGCAGUGACAACGGAUGUGUCGCUGUUUGUUAAAAGCAUGGAUGUGGUUCUACAGGUUUCUAGCAGCGUUUAUCGCGUUUUUUUUUUUUUUGUCUUCCUUUCCGUCCUGCUGACGGGUGUGCCGUGUACCCUGCAAUGCGACGCCUUCUUGACAGAGCUACAGCAGUAGUAAGUCGUUCAAAGCAACCCAUUCGUUCGUGAUGUGGACUCGAGAGGGAGAGUGCCACCGAAAACAUCGUAAAAGAGAGCCGUUUCGAUGUGAUUAGUCCGGUCCGAAAGUUUUAGGUAUUCUACUCGUGCUCUUUCCUCCCCCCGUACAGUUGGGCGCUUCUGUGUGGGGACGCCAUCGUGUAGUUCUCGCGCGCGCUCGAACACGCUGGGCACUUGUUUUUUCGUAGGGGGGCCUUCACGGAGUCCAUGGAUGAUGAUGGUGAUGAUGAUGCCGCCGCCUUGGGCGUUGAGGGUGGGAAGCGCUUUGGUCCCACACAGCUGUCUGUUUAUUGCAAAUGUUAUUGCUCAGAUGGUAUGCGUGGGGGGUGAUGGUGGUGGUUGGAAGUGCGUCGUUGGGUACACUGCACGCCCACCUUUUUUUGUGUUGGGGAACAUUUGGCGGUCGCUGUAGGUUGUCGUUGUUGGUGACCUCGCUUGCAGGUUUGUUGUAGCGGGUAACGGCUUCAUUCAUCGGGCAGGCCUUGGAUUUCAAAAUUGACUUGACGUGUGUAGAGCUUUGCUACAUGUAAUCGCUAAUGUAUGUCGUAACCCCUGCUGUGGUAUGCAUUCACUUUUCAGCCUCCCCGCUUUUUUUGUCUGAAACCACUCAACGAGUAUGAGGCAAAUCAGCAAACUAGCUGUCAAAACCA